CUCGAAUUAAUAGUUAGAUAAAUAGUUAAUUAGUUUUUUACAAUUUUUUAUUAAUUGCUACAUUUGACUCUAGUUUAAAAAUAAUGUUGUACACAAAACUAUAGCUUGGGGAUUUCCGGCGGAUACGGAUCCGCCACAAGACACCUUAAGUCCAAACACCCGGUGGAGUAUGCAAAAUUAGGCGGCGGAACGGGGAAGCAAACGCAAAUAUCGAGGUUUGCAAAUAAUCAACAAGCUUUUGGUAAUUUCUCAUACAAUGAUGCACAAAAUUUGACAGGUAUGGCUAACUUACUUGUUGAAGAAAAUUUGCCUUAUUUGUUUUCUGAAAGUCUUGCUUUUCGUGAUUAUGCACAAACUUGUUUAAAUCCGCAAUAUAGAGGUUAUAGUCGCAAAACGGUUAAGAAAGAAAUUUCAAGGCUUUAUGGUGCGGAAAAGGUAAGGUUACAAAAUUAUUUUGCAAACUUUGAUGGACGUGUUACUGUAUGUUCUGACAUAUGGGAGGAUACUUAUCAUAAUUUACAUUAUUUGGGUCUGACUGUACAUUAUAUUGAUAAUGAUUGACAUAUGCAUAAACGUGUUCUUGCUUUCCGUGAAUUUAAUGAUCGUCACACCGCUGAACAUAUUUAUAUUUUGAUUGAACGUAUUUUAAUUGAGUAUAAUUUAAUUGAUAAGGUGUUUGCUAUUGGUUUUGAUAAUGCUACUAAUAAUACUGCUGCUAUUCCUAGAUUGCGUGAAUUGUGUGGUUCUACUUCUUUGAUGGGUAGAUUUUUUCAUCAACGCUGUGCAUGUCAUGUUCUAAAUUUAUGUGUGCAAGAUGGUCUAAAAGCGUUAGGAGCAUCGUUGGAGGUAGUCAAGGGGGGAUUAGACGUAUUUGGGGUAAUGGACACCUUAGGAAAAAAUGACAUGAUUAUUUGAUACAAAGAGGUGAGAGAUAUGUGGCUUUUCCAAAAGAUUUGUCUAUUCGUUGGAAUAGUACCUAUAAGUUAAUUGGAGUUCUUCUUAGAUAUAAACAACAUUUUCCUGCUUUUAUGAAACAAUAUGAUAACUAUAUUAUAAACUCGGCUGAGAUCGACACCUGUGAAAAAAUUUGUAAUGCUUUGAUAUAUUUUAAUAAUGCAACUGAAACUUCUAGUCAUGUUUAUAAACCUACCUCAAACCAAUUUAUUCGUGAAGCUGUUAAUCUCGCCAGUGCUUUUUCAAAUUUUGAGAAUGCUGAUUAUGUGAAUUAUUUUGCUGGUUUUAUGAAGGAAAAGUUUUUAAAAUAUUAUUCACAUAUUCCGCAUAUUUAUGGUAUUGCAUUUGUUCUCGAUCCUCGUUUUAGACUUGGUUCUUUAGAAGAAUGUUUGAAUUAUUAUUAUGCUGCUUUUUUUGGUCCAUUGCCAAUGUAUGAGGACAACCCAAUUGAUCCGAAAAAAGAAUACAACGAGGUUAGUGAUAUAUUUUAUGCAUUAUUCAAUGAGUUUCAUGCACAAUAUGGCAAUGCGCCCCCUCCCCCGACACAAACAUCAUCUAAAGGAAAAUCAAUUUUCAAAUCUACGUUUGCCAAUCUUAUUAAAAAAACAAAAUCAACUCCCGCUACACAACAAAGCACAAUUAAUGAGAUUUCUUUGUAUUUAACUUAUGAUGUUGAUUUUGAAGAAGAUGAUGAUUUUGACGUACUAAACUGGUGGAAAGGAAAAGAAAGAAUGUUCCCGGUUUUAGCAAAGAUGGCUAAGCAAGUGCUAUCAAUGCCGGUUUCAACGGUUGCCGUGGAACAAGAAUUUAGUUCGGCCGGCAAUGUUCUAACACAAACCAGAACGAGGUUGAGCGCUGAAUCUCUUGAAAUGCUUAUAUGCUACCACGAUUGGUUGAAAACAGCACGUAGAGCUCAAGAAAUUGACAUCACUCCAUCCCAACACUUUAUGGAUGAAUCUACAGAGGGUGACUCUACUUAUGCCGGAGAUUCCGAUUAAAAACAAUUAUAGUUCCUAUUUAAUUUUCAAAUGUAGUUCCUAUUUCAUUUCAAAUAAAUACACUUGAAGUUUGUUUUUUAAUAGUUGUAUAAAACUAUAAAGUAUAAAAUAUAAAUUUAAAAAAAAAAUUACCCGGCCCGGCCCGACGG